AUGUUCAGAUCCCACAAGCAGCUUAUACGAACACCAACAGAGAAGCGAGGUCCUCGUCGAACCGAGUUCACUCCUGUUGGUGCUACUGGGGACGAUAACUCGCAGCUAGUUCCGUCUGCUGCAGUAAGGACGAAUGUUAACAAUGGAUCACCCAUGAACAGGAAUUUCUCUGCUGACAAUCUCACAGACAAUACCAGUUCCUCAUUUUCUGCCCUUCUUGAUAGUCCAGCGAGACCAUUAAUACAUAAGGGUACAGAUAUAUUCCCUAUAGAUAGCUCAGAUGAGGAGGAGAAUAAUAGCACGAGCACUUUUCAUGGUAGACGAGAUCUUGUUGGCAGCAAAACAACACUCGUUAAGAAGCAAGCAGACGAAGUACAGAAGCUUCGAACAGAUAAUUUUAACUUGAGAGUGGAAUUGAUCAGUCUUAAGAAAGGAUUGCAAAUUCUACCCAAGGAUAAGAAGCAUUUAAUUGAUGAAAAUAUGAUUCUUAACCAGAAGGUUAUUCAGCUACAGAGGAUGGUUGGAGAAUAUCAUGAUAGGGAGGAUUCUGCACCUGUAGAUCACUCUGAAUCUAUUAGGAAAAGUAAUGAAGCCAAGAUAGAAGAAUAUGAGAAUAGACUGGCAGGCAUUCGUGAAGAAGUGGAAGAGGUACGUAGAGAAAGAGAUAACUCUGAAACAAUGCGGCAAGAAUUGCAAGAUGAAGUUUCUAGUUUGAAGUUGCAAGUGGCUGAGUUGCACGAGGAGCUUAGUAAACGGCCUAGAUUUGAUGAAGCCGAUGCUAAAGACGACAAGAUUCUUGAAUUACAAACGGAUUUAGAUCAUUCGGAAUCUGAGGCUGAUAAAUUAAGAAGAGAAAACGAUGCAUUGAACGAUCGCAUGAAAGAUUUGGAAAUCAAGGUUUCAGACGACACGUGGAAGGAUGAUAUGACCAGACUGGAAAACCGUGACAAGCUUUUACAGAAGGAGAACAACAGAUUGCAUGAACGCAUCAAGGCUCUGAAAACAGGCAAGGAGAAAACCACAGAUUUGAUGAAGGGAGAGAUCGAUAAUGUGUAUGACAAAGCUAACAAAUUUCAAGGGGAGAAAGCUGAGCUAGUUGAAAAGCUCCGCAGUAUGGAAGAUCUGUUAGCAGAUGCGCAUAAAAGAUACAGUGACGACUACGUGGAGGACAUAGAGGCGGAUAGAAAAGAUCUCUACAACAACCUUCUUUCUCUCAACGAGAAGUACAAAAAGCUCAGUGAGGAAUCGCAAAGGAAAGAUCAACAGAUGAAAAAAUUGAAGGAAUUGAAGAGCCAUGACUCAAAUAUCAGCGAGGAGUUACAGCUGCAGUUGAAAGAAGAAAGAAGAAAGUUCUCGGAGAAGCAAGAUCAGUUGUUGGACGAAAUCUCACAGUUGAAAGAAGAGAGGUCUGAUCUUGUCAGAGACUACCAGUCGAUUCAGAUUGAAUUGGAGUCGAUGAAAACCGACAGAAGAGUGGACCCCGAGCAGUUUGAUAAGCUUGAGUCUGAUUUCUUGAAGGUUUCAUCGCAGUUGAAGGUGCAAGGUCAAGAGUAUGAAUUAUUAGAGGAUCAGCUUGAUAUCAAAGAGGAUGAAUUGCAAAAGUUACGCAUUGAAUUGGUUUCUGGCUAUGACAAGAAAGAGGUUAUCCGUUUACAGAAGAUAAUUGACAGCGACAAAGAAGAGAGAUUAAAGCUUCUGCGUGAAAAAGAGAGAUUGGUAGACGAAAACUUAAGUCUUUCAGAGCAAGUGACUACAUUGAAAAAUGUUAAGGACAGACUGAAAACGAGAAUGGUGUCCACAACAGACGCAGAAGAUAAAUUAGAUGAACUUAGAAAGAAGAACAGUAAAGUGCUGAAAGAUUCUCGUGCGCAGAGCGAGAGGCUGCAGCAUAUUCAGGCAGAGUUAGAUAAGAUAUCUGAGGAGAAGGUGGAGCUUCUCGAAUCGCUGACGAAAUUGGGAAAGACGUUGCAGAAGACGAUGGACAAAAACAAUCAGUUAAGUGAACAAUUAAGAUCAAUUCAUAACGCGACUUCGACUAGUAAGCAGGACUUGCAAGCCAAGCUCGCAGAAAAAAAUGCUGCGAACAAGAAGCUAGUUGAUGAGUACAACAGUAUGAAGAAUGAAUUGCUAGACCGACUGGAAUCUUCUCGUGAUGAAAAGAAGCAAUUAGAGUCGAAGAUAAACGAGUUGAAAGAGCAGAUCGAGAGACACAAAGUGAAGGAAGAUAUUCUUCUCCAAGAUCAAGAGAAAGUAAAGGCACAAGCAAGCCAAAAGAUUCAAUAUCCACCUACUCCAAAGACACCGAAUCAUGCCAUGGAAGAAUCGUCAACUGUGGAUGCACUAGAAGCACGACUAGAACUUCUUGGAGCGCAGAGAAAGUUGUAUCGCAUAAAACUUCAAGACAUGAAAGAUGCUAACGGAGACUUAAAAUUCGCCAACGGGUACCUAACUAAGGAAUUGAAAAGUAAGGAUAGAUUGAUUGAGAAGAAUGUCACUCUAUUGCAGGCUUCCUCGAUGGGUCUUGUGACACCCGAAUCAUCACCUCGCAUCACCAGAAAGAGUCAGCGUACUUUCGAGGGAUGCGCAUUAGCAGUGCUAGCAGGGAUAAGACUUCAGCACAGAUUAGAAGAGUUGAAGAGGAAGAAGAACAGAGAAAGACAGGCCAAAGCACAGAUCAUUCAGCAGCAGAAGUACAUUUAA